GCGGAGGGGUGGAGUGAGGCAGCAGAGGCUUUAGCUUCGCCUUAUGCAAGGAGCGCAGCAGGAAUCGCAGCACCGAGAUUCCCCACCCGUCUUCUCCGCAAGUGCCUGUCUGACCUUAGCCCCAGACAGGAGGUCGUGCUAGUCUGUUGUUUGCUCCGCUUGUUCCGAUGUUACCCUUUUGGGUAACGGGCGCCGCAGCUGGGAUUGUCUCCCUGCAUCUCAUCCAGAAACUCCUCUUCCCCUACUUCUGGCACGACCUGAAAUACCUGCUUAAAGUGAUAAAGUAUGGGCUGACCGUGGAGAUCUACAGGCUGCGAGGGAAGAUUUUCACGGUGCUGGACAGGUUUGUGAAGCAAGCUGAAAGGCAGCCCAACAAGCCAUUCAUCCUCUAUGAAGGGGCCGUUCACACUUAUCAGGACGUGGAUAGGAGGAGUAACAGGGUAGCUCAGGUCUUCCUGCAACAAGGAGCUCUGGAAAAGGGGGAUACGGUGGCCCUGCUGAUGAGCAAUGAACCUGACUUCAUCCAUGUGUGGUUUGGAGUGGCCAAGCUGGGCUGUGUGGUGGCUUUCCUCAACUUCAACAUCCGAUCCAGGUCUCUUCUGCAUUGUAUCAGCAGCUGUGAGUCCAAGAUACUUAUUGUGGGAGCAGAUAUGCUUGGGACAUUAGAGGAAAUUCUUCCUAGCCUCCAAAAAGAUAUUGGUAUUUGGGUAAUGACAAAAGACUGCACUCUGCCACGUGUUAAUACCCUUUUAGACAAACUGGAAGCUGCAUCUGAAGACUGUGUACCAGUUAAUCUCCGCUCUGCAAACAACCUGAAGUCUUCCGUACUCUACAUUUUUACCUCAGGAACAACAGGUCUACCAAAAGCUGCAGUUAUCAGUCAUCUGCAGAUUCUAAAAGGAGCUGCUGGAUUAUGGGCAUUUGGUGCUACUGCAGAUGACACUGUUUAUAUAACUCUCCCUCUUUACCACAGUGCAGCUUCUCUCCUUGGCAUUGGUGGAUGUAUUGAAUUGGGUGCAACUUGUGUCUUAAGAAAGAAAUUCUCAUGUAGUCAGUUCUGGAGUGACUGCAAAAAGUACAAUGUGACUGUUAUCCAGUAUAUCGGAGAACUUUGUCGUUAUCUUUGCAAUCAACCUGUGAAAGAAAGAGAAAAAGAUCACAAAGUUCGCUUGGCAGUUGGAAAUGGAGUAAGGAGUGAUGUAUGGAGAGAAUUUUUAGGCCGAUUUGGUGACAUCAAGAUGUGUGAGUUUUAUGGGGCUACUGAAGGAAACAUUUGUUUCAUGAACCACACCGGGAAAAUUGGAUCUGUGGGACGUACUAAUUUCUUUUAUAAGCUUUUUUUCCCUUUUGACUUAAUCAAGUAUGAUUUUAAAAAAGAUGAACCGAUUAGAAAUAGGCAUGGUUGGUGUGAGAAGGUUAAGAAAGGUGAGGUUGGUCUUCUGAUUUCCAAAGUGAAUGCAAAGAAUCCCUUCUUUGGUUAUGCUGGGAGUAAGAAACAUACAGAAAAGAAAUUACUCUGUGAGGUGUUUAAGAAGGGAGACAUUUAUUUCAAUACAGGGGAUCUGAUGGUUCAAGACCAAGAGAAUUUUCUUUACUUUUGGGACAGGAUCGGGGAUACCUACAGGUGGAAAGGAGAGAAUGUUGCAACCACUGAAGUUUCUGAUGUCAUUGGUAUGUUGGACUUCAUACAGGAAGCCAAUGUAUAUGGUGUUCCUGUGCCAGAUCAUGAAGGAAAAGUGGGAAUGGUCUCUGUUAUUUUGAAGCCCAAUAAAUCAUUAGAUUUGGAACAAAUGUAUGAACAAGUUGUGACAUAUCUACCAGGUUAUGCUUGUCCACUAUUUUUAAGACUCCAGGAAACAAUGGAAAUGACAGGAACUUUCAAACAACAAAAAUUUCGGUUGGUGAGGGAAGGGUUUAAUCCAUCUGCAAUCACUGAUCCUCUUUAUUUUUUAUACAGUUCUAAAAAAUCUUAUGUUCCAUUAACCAAAGAACUUCAUGACAAGAUCUUAUCUGGGCAACUGAAACUUUAAUUAGUGUUAAAUUAUUAACAGAUUUGUUAACUACUUUGUAAGAAGCAACAAAGGCAUUAAGUAAUAUUUCUAUGUAGUUUGUAUUCUUGAUAUUUUGCAGCCAUACCUUUUUGGAUUCAGAAGUUUUACUACACUUUUCAUUUUUCACCGUCUCUGAACACUAAUCAUUUUCUACCUCCUGAAACACCAAUAGUUAUAUUACUUAUAAAACAUGUUUAAAAUACGUCUUCUUUGUGAUUUGGGGUAUAGAAUCAUAGAAUAUCAGGGUUGGAAGGGACCUCAGGAGGUCAUCUAGUCCAACCCCCUGCUCAAAGCAGGACCAAUCCCCAGACAGAUUUUUGCCCCAGAUCCCUAAAUGGCCCCCUCAAGGAUUGAGCUCAUAACCCUGAGUUUAGCAGGCCAAUGCUCAAACCACUGAGCUAUCCCUCCCCUAUGUCUUGAAUCUAUUUUCUAUAUUAGACAUGAAUGAGUGAUAUUUACAGAAAAAUAAUAAUAUACACAGAAAUAAAUUAUAUUGGAAAAAUAUAAUAGUGUUAGUACUGUUGCUUGAGACGAACCUCUAUUUUACUGUAGUUAAUAGUUUCCCUGUAAAUUUCAUAAAGCCUAAUGAUUAUUUAUAAAAUGUUAAAAUUAAAAAGGAACUGAAGAAAGGUAGGGAGAGAAACACAACGAACAAGAAUAUUAGCUCUUCAAAAGAUUUGUUUUAAUUAACCAGCAGGUGCCUUGUUUUCUUAAUGAUUGAUUGGGAUUAUUAUUUAUAGGUAUUUUAAAAUUCUAAACAUACAUGCUAAAACACUGUUCUUAAGAGUUGUAAAAUAAAAUGUAAAAGUUAAAAUAAGCUGUAUUCGUGUCAGUCAGAUUUGGGAUUAAUGACAAAGUUUUGUUUUGGGAUUGGUUACAUUAUGCUCCUCAUAGAGGACAGAUGGCUGGUUUAAAAAAUAUAUUAGGUUAGAUUGCCUCCUCUCCUGAACCAUCCUCUUAUGCCAAAUUUCUCCAAUUAGUCUGUCAAUCAGAUGUGAUAUUUACAGACUUUUAUAGAAAUUAAGUAUUCUACUCUCAUUGUUCAAAAUAUAGUGAUGCUGUUGCUGCUAUUCAGCACUGGACACAUCAUCUCUUUAUCCAGUAUGAUUACAGCACAAAGACCUCCUGAAAGUAGUAGUCUAAAAUGUAUUACUUACAAUUUACAUCUUUUACUUUUAUUUUUAAAAAUUGACUUUAGAAGUCUAGUGAAGUCGUGUUAUUAAUGUUUAUACUAGAAUAUACAGUACAAAUACUGUUUGAGAUCAGGAUGUUCACUGCUAUUGGCCUUUAACUAAAUAUUAGUUUAAUCUUUGCCCUUUUGUAGUCCUUUUUCAGAUUGCAAAUUUGAUUUGGACCUUAAAAAAAAAAAAAAAAA